GGCCGUGACGGGCGGCGCGGCUGCGCUCAGCGCUCGCCGCCUCUCCCCGCGGCGGCCCGGGCGCUCCGUCCUGCUCCUGCCACCGGCCCUGCGCCGCGUCCCGCCUGCCGAAGGAGGGGCCGCCUCGGUCGUCCUUCGGAAGGGCGGAUUUGCCGUCUUCCCCUUCGCUUCCCUUUCUCCGCCGCCGCACGCGUGACGCCUUUGUCAGGCUCCGGGCCCUCGGCCGGGCCCGCUCCUCCGCCCGGGGCCAUGGCCGAGCAGACGGGCUUGGCGCUGCCGCAGACCAUGGACAGAAGCUGCUGGGUUUGUUUUGCUACCGAUGAGGAUGAUCGGACAGCAGAGUGGGUGAGACCCUGCAGGUGCAGGGGCUCCACCAAAUGGGUGCAUCAGACCUGUCUGCAGCGCUGGGUGGAUGAAAAGCAAAGAGGAAACAGUACUGCUAGAGUUGCUUGUCCUCAGUGCAAUGCAGAAUAUUUAAUAGUAUUUCCAAAGCUAGGUCCAGUUGUUUACGUUUUGGAUCUUGCAGAUCGACUGAUUUCAAAGGCAUGUCCCUUUGCUGCAGCUGGAAUAAUGGUGGGCUCUAUCUACUGGACAGCUGUUACGUACGGAGCGGUGACGGUCAUGCAGGUUGUGGGUCACAAAGAAGGUCUUGAUGUGAUGGAGAGAGCUGAUCCUUUAUUCCUUUUGAUUGGCCUCCCCACUAUCCCAGUCAUGCUAAUACUGGGCAAGAUGAUCCGUUGGGAGGACUAUGUGCUCAGACUGUGGCGCAAAUACUCUAAUAAGCUACAAAUUUUGAACAGCAUAUUUCCAGGCAUUGGAUGUCCUGUUCCUCGUAUCCCAGCAGAGGCCAACCCUUUGGCAGAUCACGUCUCUGCCACACGUAUUUUGUGUGGAGCUCUAGUUUUCCCUACAAUUGCCACGAUAGUUGGCAAGCUGAUGUUCAGCAGUGUUAACUCAAAUUUACAAAGGACAAUCUUGGGUGGAAUUGCUUUUGUUGCUAUAAAAGGAGCUUUUAAGGUUUACUUCAAGCAGCAGCAAUAUUUGCGCCAAGCUCACCGCAAAAUUUUAAAUUAUCCUGAGCAAGAAGGAGCGUAAGGCUGUAACCUCCAGAUGUCACAGAAUCUCACCUAACAGGUUUCCAUGUUGUAUUGGUUCCAUUGUUAUUGCACAGUAGUGGAAAAUCGUGAUAAGUUGCUGCUCCUCUAUUUUUUUUUUCUUUAAAUACAAUAAAGCACUGUCUUGUGGCAGGGUAAAUCCUUUCAGCAACCA